UAGUGGUGAAAUUUAAACAAGCAUAAUGCUAAUAUGGCAGUAGAGUCACACAAGCACAUGAACUAUGAAAUCUACAUAGGCUACUUUGCCAUAUAAAAUAGUACAAUUGCAUAGUCAUGUCACUCCAUUAGAGUGUGUGAUGGACCCCCAGGUGACAAAUGGGCCACUAAGUCUGAUGCAGGGCCCAAAGUCUGGCAAGUCUACGUGAGAAGAAACAAAAGGAAGGAAUAAUAGGAGAAGGGUGAGCUGGAAGAGUGAGGUUAGCUGAGGUAGGAGUUGGUUACGGGUUUUACGGAAGGAGAGAGUGUGUGAGAGAUUCCUCAUAUAGGUUGGUUGUUAGCAUGAGGAGGAUAUGAUGAGAAUUAGUAUGUUAAGGAUAGGGUGAAGAGAGUCUCUUCUUCUCUAUAGGAGUCUUACUCUGGGCAAUAGCAUUUGCUAUUGUAUUCACAUUUCUGUUUCUGCAAUAUUAAUCAGUGUUUCCCAUUUUCAUUCCUGUUUUCUCUGAUAUUGUCAUUUUGGUUCCCAUCAAAUUGGUCCGACCUGCCGGAUAGUUACGAGACGGAAACCAGUGCUCCAUCAUCGAAGUUUUGACAACGAAUGCCACCAGCGUAGAAAAUGGAAGCGAAGGUCGCAGCUCUGGAAACCGAAGUCAUCAACCUACGAACCACUCUGGUGACGAUGCAGGAACAAGCAGAGAACAAUCAAGCUCGUCUGCUCGAUCUUUUGACCCAACGAUUGUCCAAACAAUCGGUUGAGCGCGAUGAGUCUGGGAGCGUGCUUAACAACAACGCAACUCCUUCCAGAUCUGGAACAGAGCAAGGAGGUCCUUCUUUUGUUUCGGGAUGGGCCCGUUUGGAUGGAGGCUUACUGGAUGAAUUCCGGAAGUCUGCAAAAAAGGUUGAGCUACCCUUGUUCAAUGGAGACGAUCCUGCUGGAUGGAUCGCUUGAGCAGAGGUGUAUUUCCAUAUUAUGGGAACAAGCCCUGCAGUCAAGGUGAAUCUAGCUCACUUAUGUAUGGAAGGAUCAACGAUCCACUAUUUCAAUUCACUGUUGCACCUUGACCCAGACCUGACCUGGGAAAAACUCACUAAUGAGUUACUGGAGCGUUAUGGCACUGCCAACAAAGGCGAUGUCUACGAGCAGCUCUCGGACCUUCAACAGCGAGGAUCCGUUGAUGAUUAUGUUAUGGAGUUUGAGCGCUUGCUCUCCCAAGCGCCGAAUUUACCAGACGAGCAGUACUUCGGAUACUUCAUUCAUGGACUCAGGGAAGACAUUCGUGCUCGCGUACGGAGCUUACGAGCUCUAGCGUCGCUGCCCCGCUCCCGUUUGAUCCCGUUGGCCAAAGCGGUUGAAACAGAGCUCCAUGGACCGGUUUAUUCUUCUUCCGGGUCAAAAGGAGGUGGAACCCGGCCCAACUAUGGAUUGGGAAAUUAUAAUCGCUCAACCCAUCAGUCGUCUAACGGGUCAGGCCCACCGGGUCGCGAGUCCAAUCAAGGUUGGGUUAUGGUGAAGAACCGAGACGACCGGAGUGAGCGAAGAGAGGAUAAGCCACCACCGCGUUCCACUCACCGAGAUCGGGGAGUGCGACAUCUCCCUUACCAGGAGCUUUUGGAUCGACGACAAAAGGGGCUUUGUUUUAAAUGUGGGGGAAAGUUCCAUCCCCUUCACCAGUGCCCCGAUCGGCAACUGCGAACCAUGCUCCUCGAGGACGGCGAGGAAGACGGAAGUGACGCUGAAGCUGCCGGUGACUCCGAGAACCCCGAUGCGGCGGCGAUUGACGGAGAAUUGAGUAUCAUGAAGCUAGGAGCGGAACCGUUGCAAGCUCAUACGAUGAAGUUGCAGGGGACACUUCAGGGAGUGCCUAUUCUGAUUCUGGUAGAUAGUGGCGCUACCCACAACUUCAUCUCCAAACAAGUGGCAGAGGCGAUGGGGUGGACGGUGCAAGCAACACCGGAGAUGCGCAUAUUGCUAGGGGAUGGUAGUAAGGUCAUGGCCAGUGGCCGGUGUGAGCAGGUCGGAAUCGAGAUUGGGGACUACAAAACGGCAGUGGAUACUAUUCUCUUUGAUCUCGAUGGCAUCGACCUGGUUCUUGGGGUAACCUGGUUAGCAUCACUCGGCGACAUGCUUGUCAAUUGGGGCAAGCAAACGAUGAAAUUCCAACAAGAGGGUACCUGGGUUUUCCUACAGGGUCAACAUGGGUUGCAAUCACAACAAUUGGCCCUGCAAAGUUUCUUUGAGUCCUCCACCCAAGCCCUGUGUACUUUCGGUUCUUUGGGAUUUCCAUCUCCAGGUGAACCCAGCAAGCACACACCAAUCCUCUCCGAGGAGCAGAGUCGUCAAUUGGCAGAUUUGUUGAGUCGAUUUGGAGAUGUUUUUGUCGCUCCCAGUGGUUUACCCCCAAAGCGCCAGGCAGAGCAUCAGAUCACGUUGCUGCCAGGACAAGGACCAGUGAACGUGAGGCCGUAUCGUUACUCCCACCACCAUAAGGAUGAAAUCGAGAAGCAGGUAAAAGAGAUGCUGCAAUCGGGAAUUAUCAGGCAUAGCCAAAGCGCACUUUCAAGCCCUGUGAUCCUUGUUAAGAAGAAGGACAAUUCCUGGAGGAUGUGUGUUGACUACCGUGAGUUGAACAAAGCCACAGUUCCUGACAAAUUUCCGAUACCAGUAAUUGAUGAACUUCUGGAUGAAUUACAUGGCGCUCGUUAUUUCUCGAAGCUGGACCUCAAGUCUGGGUACCAUCAAGUCCUAGUGAGGGAGGAAGAUGUUCACAAAACAGCUUUCAGGACGCAUGAGGGGCACUAUGAAUACAUGGUAAUGCCUUUCGGGUUAAUGAAUGCGCCAUCAACUUUUCAGGCCCUGAUGAAUAGCAUAUUCAGGGACUUAUUGCGGCGAAGCGUCCUGGUGUUUUUCGAUGAUAUUCUCGUGUACAGUUCUGACUGGAAAUUGCAUCUGCAACAGUUACACACGGUGCUUGAAAGACUAAGGGAGCAAAAGCUAGUCGCCAAUCGCAAGAAAUGCACGUUUGCACAAGGCGCCGUGGAAUAUCUGGGGCAUAUUGUGUCCCACGAGGGUGUAGCUAUGGACCCUAGCAAAGUUCAGAGCAUCACCGAGUGGCCUACUCCUAAAAAUGUAAAAGGAGUACGCGGUUUCCUGGGCUUGACAGGAUACUACCGCAAGUUUGUGCGGGAUUAUGGCAAAAUCGCAAGACCCUUGACUGAUCUUACCAAGAAAGAAGGCUUCAAAUGGAACCCUCAAGCCCAGCAAGCUUUUGAAACUUUGAAGGCACGCAUGAUCACUGAGCCCGUCUUAGCAUUACCAGAUUUCUCCCAACCGUUUGUGAUUGAAAGUGAUGCCUCGGGCAGUGGAGUAGGAGCCAUUCUGUUACAGCAUGGGAAACCAAUUGCCUACUUUAGCAAGGCCUUGAGUGAUCGCAACCUGGCUAAGUCUGCUUAUGAAAAGGAGCUGAUGGCAAUUGUUCUGGCAAUACAACAUUGGUGACCCUACCUUUUAGGGAGGCAUUUCACAGUAUGCACCGACCAAAAGAGUCUCCUUCAAUUGUUGCAUCAACGGAUUACCACCGGAGAUCAACAGAACUGGGCUGCAAAGCUCUUAGGGUAUCGCUUUGACAUCAUCUAUAAGCCCGGGCCUACCAACAAAGGAGCUGACGCGUUAUCAAGAAAAUUUGAGGAUGGGGCUUUGCAAUCCAUCAUUUCUUACUCCAAUUGGGCUGCUGGACAAGACUUAGUCGCAGAAGCCCACCAAGACCCAAAACUGGCAGCCAUAAUCUCUGCAGUCCAAGUUGAUCUAACAACCAAACCUGGGAAUACUUACACUCAGGGAGUGUUAUACUAUGAGGGACGAUUGGUGAUUUCUGCGUCUUCCGGUUGGAUUCCUUAGUUGUUGCAAGAGUUCCACGCCACGCCUCAAGGUGGUCAUUCAGGUUUUUACCGUACUUAUCGACGGGUGGCUGCAAAUGUGUACUGGAUUGGCAUGAAAGGUGUAAUCCAGCAAUUUGUAAGAGAGUGCGAUGUUUGUCAGCGCCAGAAGUAUUUGGCAGCUUCACCCGCGGGUUUGCUUCAGCCUUUACCAAUCCCUGAGCGUCUAUGGGAAGAACUGUCCAUGGAUUUCGUAACAGGGCUACCUAAGGUUAAAGGAAUUGAUGCUAUUUUUGUCGUGGUGGAUCGCCUCUCCAAGUACGCGCAUUUCAUUCCUUUGAAGCACCCAACUUCAGCUCGCGGAGUGGCAGAACUUUUUGUCAAAGAGGUGGUACGCUUGCACGGUAUUCCAAAGGCAAUUGUAAGUGAUCGUGAUCCUAUAUUUGUCAGCAAUUUCUGGGCUGAGCUUUUUAAGCUACAGGGGACUCACCUAGCUAUGAGUACGGCUUAUCACCCGGAAACGGAUGGCCAAACUGAGGUCAUAAAUCGUUGUCUAGAGACUUACUUAAGGUGCUUUAUCGCGGAUCAGGCUCGAACCUGGGUUCAGUGGUUGCCAUGGGCUGAAUACUGGUAUAACACGACUUAUCAUGGGUCUACAGGGGUUUCUCCGUUUGAGGUGGUCUAUGGUAGAACCCCACCUUCCAUGUUGCGCUUCACAAUUGGGGAGACAAAGGUGGAGGUUGUGGCCCGUGAACUUAUGGACAGAGACGAGGCUUUGCGUCAACUCCGGGCUCACCUUCUCCGUGCACAAGGUCGCAUGAAGUCUCAGGCUGACAAGAAGCGGAAAGACAAACAGCUGGAGCUUGGUGAGUGGGUUUUCGUGAAACUGAGGCCUCACAGGCAACAAUCAGUGGUUCACCGUAUUAAUCCCAAGCUUUCACCUCGUUAUUAUGGACCUUUUGAGGUAGUGAAACGCAUUGGGGCAGUCGCGUACAAGCUCAAGUUGCCACCUACCUCUCGCACUCACCCUGUUUUCCAUAUCUCGUUGCUUAAAAAAGCAGUAGGGAACUACCAGGUUGACAAGGACUUUCCCGAGGACCUCGCAGUGGAGGCACCUUCUACCGUGGAACCAGGGACCAUUUUAGCCUCUCGUACCAUCCAACAACAUGGAGAGAACGUCAAGCAGUACUUGAUUCAGUGGCAAGGCAAACCGAUGGAUGAGGCUACUUGGGAAGAUGAGUUCACCCUUUUGAACCAAUUCCCCGCGUUCAACCUUGAGGACAAGGUUGCUUCACAACCCGGUGGCAUUGAUGGACCCCCAGGUGACAAAUGGGCCACUAAGUCUGAUGCAGGGCCCAAAGUCUGGCAAGUCUACGUGAGAAGAAACAAAAGGAAGGAAUAAUAGGAGAAGGGUGAGCUGGAAGAGUGAGGUUAGCUGAGGUAGGAGUUCGUUACGGGUUUUACGGAAGGAGAGAGUGUGUGAGAGAUUCCUCAUAUAGGUUGGUUGUUAGCAUGAGGAGGAUAUGAUGAGAAUUAGUAUGUUAAGGAUAGGGUGAAGAGAGUCUCUUCUUCUCUAUAGGAGUCUUACUCUGGGCAAUAGCAUUUGCUAUUGUAUUCACAUUUCUGUUUCUGCAAUAUUAAUCAGUGUUUCCCAUUUUCA